CCCAUCUCCCCUCCUCUGCCGUGCACCUGCUCCUCCCCUCCCUGCCUUAUUAUCCUCAGCCUCAGAGCAGCGCUCCGUCCUCGCCAAGUGAUGCUCCUCGGCGGCGCACAUCGGUGGCUUAUCGGCGCCCGCUGCAGGGAGGACCGCUCCGGCUCGCCUUCCUCCUCCUGGAAACCCGCGCUGACGGACGGGCGGAACAUGGGAAUUUAACGGGGGAUUGUGAGAGAGAGAGUUAGCCGGAGGAGGGAAGGACGACGAAGAAGCACUCAAGUCCCAUCCGAAGGAGGAGAGAGGGAGGCGGAGGAGGAGGACGGGGGUACUCCGGGGAAACGGUCCCGCCGGGACGGGGGAACGCAGCGGAACGCAGCGGAAGGUUUUUGCGCUUUUGCACAGUUUGGAAUCGACUCAAUGUGCGUGUUUGUUGUUGAAUCGAACCAGAGGAUUUGGGUUUUUGGAGCUUUUCUGUUUGUGAUGGAGUGAGUAAAAAAAAGAGAGAGGGCGCACGGGAACUUCAGCCUCGCCAUGAAAUCAGUGUUUUUCAGCCGCUUCUUCAUCCUGCUGCCCUGGGUCCUGAUUGUCAUCAUCAUGAUCGAUAUCGACAGUAAAAGGGCGAUCCGGACUCCUGCAGCCGGCCGGACCGGCAGGGCGCAGCGGGCGGCUCGGACCGGCGCACCGGCGGGGGUCGGGGGCGCCCAGAACCAGAACCAGAACCAGUCCGCCCUGCCGGUCAUCUACGCCAUCACUCCGACCUACACCCGGCCGGUGCAGAAGGCGGAGCUGACCCGCCUGGCUCACGCCUUCCGCCAGGUGCCCCGCUUCCACUGGAUCGUGGUGGAGGACGCGACGACGCGCACGGAGCUGGUGUCGCGCUUCUUGGCCCGGUGCGGCGUGCCCUACACGCACCUGCACGUCUUCACUCCCCGCAGGUUCAAGCGCACCGGGAUGCCACGCGCCACCGAGCAGAGGAAUGUGGCUCUCGCGUGGCUCCGGCAGCACCGGAGCAAGCGGGACGCCGGGGUGGUUUUCUUCGCGGAUGACGACAACACGUACAGCCUGGAGCUGUUCGAGGAGAUGCGUAGCACUCGAGGUGUUUCUGUUUGGCCUGUGGGAUUCGUAGGCGGCAGAGCAUAUGAGCGCCCCCUGGUGUCCGGGGGUAAAGUCGUGGGCUGGUACACCGGCUGGAGACCGGACCGACCCUUUGCCACUGACAUGGCAGGUUUUGCGGUGAACCUCCAGGUGAUCCUUGGGAACCCGCGGGCUCAGUUCAAGCGCCGCGGCUCCCAGCCCGGCAUGCAGGAGUCCGACUUCCUCAAGCAGAUCACAAAAGUCACCGAGCUGGAGCCCAAGGCCAACAACUGCACCCGGGUGCUGGUUUGGCAUACUCGCACAGAGAAACCGCACCUUGCAAAUGAGCCCAAACAUCGUAAAGACACUGUGGUUAUUGAGGUGUGAGAGGAAACGCCGAGCAGCGGAUCCAAUAAAAAACAACCAGAAUCUGACUGUGGCUGCCCAUCAUCUCCUGGCCGGGACUAACGACAGCACCCUGCUUCCUCUCCUGGUUUUUUGGGUUUGAUACAAUCUGUUCACCAUGGACACAGACUGAGGAGCUGCAUGAUUUAAGACUUCUGGCUGCCUGUCAAACGUGCUUUGUGAGAACUGGACAACAGUGAAAAAUGGGAUGAUGAUGACUUGGACUGUUCAUUGCCUCCAUCAUCCGCGGCUUGUUAAUGUGAAAAACUAAAAGUAUAAAUGUAAAAAAAAAAAAAAAAGUCAUGUUACUGAACUGAACUGGAAAGUGCCAUGUGAAAAAUUAAUGUCAUUUAAUCAUUAAUACAUCAUCAUUGUCCAAUUAACUGUGAUUCUGUGGUAUAAUUAUCAUAAAAACAAAGAUUCUUGGUCCAGAUUA